AGUUUGGCGGUCUUCAGCAGCUCAUUGCAGCCAUAACCGUAAUGUUGCCGUAUUAGUUCCUCCCCGGGCCCGAGGCUACCUGUAUGUCCAUUCGCAAGAUAUGCUUCUUAUCCCAAGAAUCUGAAAGAACUAAUAACUCAAUCCCACUUUCUGGCUGGCUACUCUUGGAGUACAGCGUAGUUGCGUGCUGUAGUAGUUUGACGGUCUUCAGCAGCUCGACUCGUUGCAGCCAAUGCUGCUGCGUGAGCUCUGCGUGUUACCGGUAGUUCCUGCCUGGGCUGCCUGGAGGCUAUAGAUCCAUUCCCAAGAGACGAUUCUUAUUGCGGAAUCUGAAAGAACGUGGGGGGUGCAGGUAGAGAAUUCUUUGUUGGCAAAUGGAUCCGCAGCUAUAGCUCAGAGGAUGCCAGGAAAGGAAAUGUAGAUGCCAAGGAAGCAGUUGCAAGCUACAGGACGUAUUGUCGCGUCCCCUACCAGUACGUGGCACAUGGACCCUCAAUGUGAGGCAAGUGUCCCUCUGCGACAACGAGUAGAGCCAAGACCAAGUAUACCUAUUCAACUGAUGAUUGUUUCUAUUUCCUAACGUAAAGCUGCUGUGACCUACCACAUCCCUUCGAUCUGCUUCUAUAGCUUGCUCCAGGCAGCUCUGCAUCUCUAUAGCUCGCUCCACCUCAAGCCUCUAGCUAGCUACAGAUGCUUCUCACCUUUCUUCCUCUGGGACUGCAUGCAAUCUAUAUUUCAUUCCCAAAUCUUCCCCAAGACCACUUGCAUUGAGCGAACAGCUACUAUUGUACCGUACUAUACUCCAAGGCCCUGAUGGAUGCCUCUGCUUCAACUGUUGUUUGACUGCAAUCACUUCCUCCGUAACCGGGAUCGCAGAUGCAGUUGGGUCGUCGUUGUCCGGCAAGACCAGUGUCGGCAGUGUUUUCAUCCUUAGUAGCAUGAUUGAAAGCAAGACACCAACCCCGGUCAUUGCAGUAUUGUCUGGCACAAGUUUCCACUUGUUGGACUUUGCGAUGAAAAAUGGGUCCACCUAUCGUGUUUUGCCAAUGUGCGGGAGUAUUUCCCCAUUGAAUGACGGCCGUCGCCCACGGUGGUCGAUAGAUGGUGUCGACCACCAUGGUGACAUCGUCUGGUAACAACAGUGUGGUUCCAUUGUGAUAGUACGCCCAAAAGAAUGGAAUAAUGGGAAUAAUUUGCGAUGAUGGUCUUGUUGUUUGGGUGACGACGAGACGAAUGGCUUCCGUGACGGUAUCCUUGGUCAUGAUUUGAUUGUAGACGCGCCACACGUCGUACCGUUCCUGGUUGUGCAGAUUGGACGACAAGUAUACGGAAGGAAAAAGUGCCGAACUGGUCUGAUAGAGGAGCUGGAUGCGGUCGUUUUGAGCUCGCAGAAUGGGUCCCCAGUGAGGAUGACUGUAUCCACACCUCUCGUUAUUGUCGUCACAAUGGCCAUAAUGAUUUCCAGGAAAUCCGUAGAACCCAAUCCGCGCAUAAGGCCGUAACAAUCGUAGCGUUUGGAGUGUUUGUACCAUGAACUGGAUGGCGGCAUGAGUAAAUAUGGUGACAGUUUUGUGUUGGACCGUUUCGUGUGACCAUGUCGGAUGUGCUUGCUGCAUUUGUUGGAGUGAGUAUUCCUGUGUGACUUUGGAGUGAAAACCGGCAAUGGAUUGCAUGUUUUGUUCCCAAAUAGGACUCCAUGGUUCAAAGUCCAAGACGAGAUUGCCACCGUAAUUCUUGUUGGGGAUGAAUUGGUCAAUAGUGUUGUGGAGUGUUUCCAAAUGGAGGGUGAGAUUGGCCAGUUGUGGCGCACCACCAUUAAUGACAUAAUACCGUUUUCCCGUUUCUUUGGACGUCCAGAUGGGCCAGUCUUUGCUAUUACUAUCGGUAGCAUCUGUAUUUGUGUGUUGUUCCUUGACAGGGUGUAGAAAAGGAAAAACUCCCUGAGUCCACUUUUGGCAUCCCUUCAGACUGCAAUGAUUUCCAGUUUGUGUUUGGUUGCAUUCUACAAAGUCAAACUGCGAGGGAUCAGGACAAUCAUUGCCAUGGCAUGCAUAGUUGCAAAAGGGCUGAAACCGGUGCGGGAAGCCUGUCACUCCUGAACUGCCAGUAUUCAAGUUUCUUUUAAAGCUUAAGGAGCCUGAUUCGUCUUCUCCUGAUGCUGCUAGUGUGGCAACCAACAGACUGAGCACAAGCAAGCUUACUAAGGUUGGCAUUGUCAUUUUAGCAUUCAUCUGUUCCAUCGGAUACAACAGAUGCAUGAUCGACACCUCAUGGAGGAUCCAACGGCAUUGUGGUCAUUGGAUUUGAUGAAGAUUAUUGGAGCCAUGAGUACCGAUCGGUAUGCAGAAUGACGUGGAAAAGUUAAAAGGGUUAGCGUUAACUUCAAAAGGCAAACACAAGAUCCAACACACAUCCAACAUCCAAUGGCACAACCAAACCCAAACUUGCGCCACCAUUCCUAUUGUAUCAAUUGUUGUUUGUUAUCACUGACAAACCAUGCUCCGCGUCCAGCCUGUCUAUGGAAGUCGUUUCGACGCCGAUGGUUCUGCGCAAGGUCCUAGUUGUACGUUGAUUGAGUAUGGCGGUGUGCGUGUGUUGUGGAAUGUAGGUUGGUGGGGUGAAGCCACUGUAGUGGAAGGUGGAGGAGGUGGAGGUGGUCUUGGUGGUGCUGCUGGUGCUACUCCUACUCCUACUCCUACUAGUACUAGUCAAUAUAGUGACGGUUGUUUCCCCGAGCUUCCCGAGCACGACGUCUUGAUUGUCUCGGACUCGACGUUGCAUUCGUUGGGCGGACUUCCUCUGUACUACGAACAUCACUGGAAACCACGUUGUAGUGUAGACUCUUCACAUAAGAUUCCCAUGCUGUCCACCUUUCCCACCGUUAAAAUGGGCCACAUGACACUCUACGAUCAUCACGCCGCCAUUUCCCUCGAUGGCGGCUGUCCUCCGUAUUCGUUGGAGCAAAUGGACAAUGCAUUUGCGCAGCUGCGGACCAUCAAAUACUCGCAGUCCAUUUCCUUUCAACGCAAACUCAGUAUUACGGCCCAUCGUGCGGGGCAUGUCGUAGGUGGCGCACUGUUUUUGCUGCAACGCUUGCAAGAUGAAACCCAAGUCGUAUUGACGCCACCGGCGUACAACAUUGCCAAGGAACUACAUCUUGAUUCUGCCACGCUCCUCAAAUACGGCGCCAAUCCGGAUGUACUCGUCACGUACCCGGGAGGACCCGCCAUGACAUAUAUUGGCAAACUCUACGAUGACAACAAUACCCACAAGAAAAAACAUAUCAUGAAAUCCAUCAAGACACGCUCGGGGGCUACCAAGGUACUCCUCGAAACCAUCAUGAGUGUUUUACGACGCGAUGGUAAUGUCCUUUGUCCCGUCGAUGCGUCUGGCAGAGUCCUCGAACUCUUGCUCGUACUCAAUCAACACUGGGACAAACAACGGCUGGGUGCAGCCUAUAAUCUGGUAUGGCUCGGACCCAUGGUACACAAUACACUCGAUUAUGCCCGUUCUCAAUUGGAAUGGAUGAAUGCGCAAUUGUCCACGCAAUUUGAAGAUAUCCAACGGCACAGUCAUCCGUUUGCAUUGCGACAUGUGCAUCUCUGUACCAGUCUUCAACAAUUGGAUGCCUUGACGAGUCAACACAAUACCAAUUUGCCCACCUGUGUGCUGGCCACUGGACUGGCAUUGGAACAUGGACCGGCACGAGAUUUGUUUUUACGAUGGGCCGACAAUGCCGAUCAUGCCAUUCUAUUCACCGAUUCCUCACGGUGUUUUGCACGACGACAACGACAUGUCACAACCACCACAACACAAGACGCAACGGAUAAUAAUAUGGACACGCCACAACCAUCGCAGUCACAAGAGUCUGCCACAGACGCUGCAAGUGCACCCGAACUACCACCACCCGCUCUAGUGACGCGUCAAUCCUCACUGUCUCGACAAGUCUCGGAAGGCACAGCUGUAGUAGUACCAGACGAGGAAGCCGAAGACGAAGAAGAAGGAAAUGCCCUGCGUGGUACAGCCGUCGAUCCCGACUUGGUGUCGACAUUUUCCGCUGCCGCACAAUUGCUCCAACAGUGGUGUCUCGCCAAAUGGGAAGGACGGGAAAUGGACGACAGUGUCAUGAUUGAUGUUCGGGUGCCGCAUCGAGCGCCAUUGGCGGGACAAGAGCUCAAACAAUUUCUGGCGGCAGAAGAAGCCAAACGAUUGUGGCAGAAACAACAAGAAGAAAAACGGGCCAUGUUGCGAGAAGUCGAACUGGCCAAAGGACGAUUGCGAUUGGGAGAAGAAGAUGGUACUACUAGCACUACUACUGUGAGUGCCACGACAGCCGGUGAGACGACAACAAGCACCAGCACUACCAUGGCCACAUCGAGUAGCAGUACCGGUCGACCCAAGAAAAAGAGUCGAUUCGAUUCCACCUUGUUCUUGAAAUUCUCCAAGCCAUUGCAUUUAACAUUCGAGGUCCGGGAAGAGGCGGUUGGAGUGGGACAACCCGAUUCCAUUGCCAAAUUUGGCAUUGGCGAAUCCAUUGGACGGUCGGGAGAAAUACUCGAAGAUGAUUACGGAAUUGCCGUCAAACCAGAACGAUUCACCGAUAUCGUGUCGGGAAUUGUUGACCCGUCCAAAGUCAUGGGUGGAACUGGACGCAUUGGGGAAGACCGACGAGGGUUUGGAUUUGCGGCCGGGGCGGGCCCCAAGACGGCCGGAGCUGGAACCAAUGCGGCGGAUGAUGAUGCGGGAGAUGGUGAUGAAAUGGACGAGCAAGCCAUGGAAGCAGCCGAUCUAUCGGAAGGAAAUGGAAUCAUUCGAGGACGCGGUGGACGACCACCCACCAAGGUAACUACUGUGCCCAGGAGAUUGGAGGUCCUCGCGGAGAUUGCAUACGUCCCUUUGGAAGGUCGUGUCGAUGCUCGUGCUGCACGACAAUCCGUCCGAGCGUUGCAGCCGAGACAAGUCGUUGUCAUGGGCGGUCCAGCACCAGAAAACCGAACGAGUGACUUGCCAUUGGAAGUGGUGGACGAAGUUACUAUUCUGGCAGAGGCAGCCCAAACCUUUGCGACCGAUCGUGGAAGCAGAGUCCGCACCCCCUCGGAUGGAGAAGUGGUGGAGCUCAACGUGGGUCAUGCGGCGUAUUCGGCCCGCCUCAUCGAUACGCCGUUCCAGACGCGAGAAGAGAAAGUGUACAAUGCGGAAAAUGGGAUUGAACCACUGGAACCGGUGGAACCCUUUGAAACCAAAGUGGGAUCUUGCACGGUCAGUUUGUUAGAUGCCGUGGCCACGGGGCAGAAAGUUGCUCUGGAUGGCUCUAUUGUCUUGGCACCGCUACCAGUCUCCAUUGAAAGUGCCAUGAAGCACCCGCCAACUUACAUUAGUGAUGGAGAGGUACUCCUUACGGAUUUGCGAGCGGAGCUCAUUGCCCAAGGCAUGAAAGCCGAAUACAGUGCUCAAGCUGGCUAUUCGCAACUCGUUGUGAAUGGCAAGGUCAUUGUCAGGAAGGAGCAGGACUCUGGGCGCCUCGAUUUGGAAGGACCCUUGUGCGAGGAUUUCUACUCGGUCCGAGCUGUAAUUUGCGGGCAAUACGUCACUCUGUAGUAAAGUCUCGCGUUGAAUUUCUUUGGUGCUACCUGCAAGUCCCAAACUCGGGGCUUUUAAAGUUUGGCUCCAAGCCGGUCUCGGCGGCAAGCUCGAAGAAUGAUUCAUCCACGUAAUAGUCUAGCUAGCUAGAUUUGCCUGAUCAACGAUGGAUGGAUGAAUGAACGAAUGAAUAAAUCUGUAGCUGUAUUGUUAGUUACUUUUGUUUGCUUGUUGGUUAGGAAUGAAUGAGUGUGUGAAAGAGUUGCUUUUCUUUUUAUUAAUACGCCAACGUUCCCGAAAAACUUUGGUAUCGUCGAAUCCUCGAUCCGGUGACAAAGGAAUGCGGCAUGUCUUGGUGACUUUUCUUGCGAGACAGUUUCGCGGACCCCGACUUGCGGCGUGACACGCCCUUGCCCGGUCUACUAGUGCCCUUACCACCGGUAUUGUUGGAUUGCGUUAGUACCUGUCCCGACUGGUUCUCGCGGUGUCGUUUGGCAGCUGCGGCCGCCAACUGGAGGAGGCUGGAGGACGAUGCUGACGACGACGGUUGUGCCACUUUUCGUGGUUGUUGUUGCUGUUGCAAAUGACGAUGUGUGGAAAGCAGUGAUUGGACCUUGUCAUUGUUGUUGCCAGCAAGAGCUUGAUGGUUCCUCUGGCUGUUAUUGACAAUGGCCAAGAAGGGAUUGUUCUUUUUGCCGUUGGUUGUUUUCUUGCUGUUCCAGUCAAAGUUUUCAUUGGCCCGUCCGCCACCUGCAGCAUUGGACAUUUGCCAAAUCUUGCCUCGCGCAGUAUGAUUGUCACUAUUGCCAUUAGUGGUGGCAGAAGCAAGAGCCGGCGAGGAAGCCAUGGUCCUUGCCAGUUUGCUUUUAACUGCAGCGGCACCAAAGGAUACAUUUCGUUGGAGCGGACCACGACUUUGCUGAUUUCGUUGGACCCCACUGGAUUGAGUUCGUUGGAGGAGACCACGAGUAUUGACGACCGCUGCCGAGGAUGUUCGAUUGAGGGAUGCGAGCAUGGCCAAUUUGGAACCAAAGUGGGUGGUCGGAGCCUCGCUGUCGUCGUUGUUACUACUAUCAGUAGAGGUGGCAGUAUUCCACUGUGCAUUGUGAUUGUGAUUCCCAGCGGAUAGCUUUCCCUUUCGUUGUUGGUGUUGCUGUACGAGUUGUUGAUACCUGUGUUUUUGUUGCUUUUCCGUCAAGAGUUGAUCAAUCAACAUGGGUUGUUUGGGUUUACUGUGAUGGUCGUUUUCUUCUUUGCUAUUGUUGCGUCGGAGUGACUUGCGAUGAAAGGAUGCAUCGAGUAGUGAAUUGGUGGAAGCAUCCAAUAGAUUGCUGGUGGAUUCUAUAACGCGAUUUAGCUUGGUCUUGGCGAGACUGUUGGAAGAUGGAGUGGGUGACAAGGAAGUGGUGGUCCUUCGUCGUCGUCGUCGGCGUUGUUGUGCCGUUUGUGCCUUUUCUUGGAGCAAACGUUUCAAGUCUUGCUGGUUGAUAUUGUUAUUGGUGGUGGAGGCGGAAGAUGAAGUAGAAGCAUGAGACGAGGACGACGAGGCUAGAGGGUCUGUACCGGUUGUAGCCAUGAGGAGUGACAAUGCUUUCGGCAUGGCAUAUCCGUCCGACUUGGCUCGUUGCAAGAGUGGAGGGGGCAAGGCAUACGCUGGUGGCUUGGUCGACUUGGGAAGAGUAUUCUUGUUGUUCUGUUUCUUGUUGUUGGACCUUCGGUUGUUCCGUCGUCUUCUGGUGCUGCUACUGUGGUGUCCCGAUGAGGAAUCACUGUCCAUUUCAUCCGAUUCUUCUGCUGCCUCAUGAAUGGAUGCCAUGCCCAAACUGUUUCGACUUCCUAGACUGUUUCUACUGUGGUGAGUAGAUGUUGCCAACAUGUCUUCCAUGGGAUCAUAGCGUCUUCGGGUAUGAUCUGGAAUGGUGGCUGUUUCUUGUUGUUGUUGCUGUUGCUGUUGUAGCAGCAAGAGUGACUUGUGGAGUCUGUGAGUGGAGGAGGUGUCCAAGCUUGCAGUGCCUGAGGUAUUGUUGGUGGCAGACGGUUGUUUGGG